GUCUAGUUGGUAUCCGCGAAACCUUCUAGAGGUCAGGUCAGGGGUUCGAAUCCCGGCGUAAGCGAGCUUUUCUUGCAAAGUGAGUUUUUCUCUCGCCUCCGCUCCUGGCCGAGUGGAUAGCGCUAGUUCGUGUGUACACAGAGGGAAGGCAGUGCUGAACUCUUCUCGCAUUAAAAAUCGUAGGCAAAGUACCGCAGGAGGGGAGGGUAGAGAGGGACUCUUCUGUGUGACCACGGGUCGGAGUAAACGGCACUGGUGCUGUGAGCGCUGAUUUGAAGUGAAGAACAAAAAAAAAAAAAAUGCCUGCCGCCGCCUGUGAAUCAUCGGAGCCUCUGGCAUCGGCCGACCUGGAGGGGGCCAUCAAGGUAGUCUUCUUGAUCGUGGGCAAGAUGGCAGAGGAUCGGGGACUCUCCAAGUACCAGAGCAACCAGACAUGCUACCAGACGGGACUGUCGUCGGGGGCUCCGGUGAUGGGAGGAGACGGAUCCAUUGACGGCGGUCAGUACCAUUUCCAGCACCCCGCCAUGGCCGCCGCUGGCAACAACCCGUUCGCCCACCAACAUCAGCAGCAACCCCAGUGGGGUGGUAGUGGUGGUCGUCAGGGGUUGAACCGUGGGGUGGGCGACGUGGGGGGCGCCGCACCCGGGUUUGGGGGGGGAGGUCCCCUCCUCUCGCCGCAGCAGAAGCGGGGGGGAGGUUCCCCGGGGCAGCAGGCGGCCCAGAGUGCCGCGAUGGGCGUGAGGGUGCCGGAUUCGGGGCUGGGUGGCCCGAUGGUUGCAGGUGAAGCGCGGGUUCGCAUGGUGCUGGAGUGUUGGAGGAUUGUCGGGCGAUAA